UUGUGAAUUGUGAAGGUAACUAGGCCCGAUUUUUGGCAACUAGACAAAUUUAGAUAAAUAAAAACUUUAGAGGCUUGCAUAACAAUUUUGUUUUUCGCUCGUUAGACAUUAGUUGUGAAUGAUUCCAUUGUUAAAAAAAUUUCUAACAAUAAAACGAAACGUGGCAUAAAAAUUUGCAUUGCACGAUCAAGCGACCAUGUAAGCGAAGAGACAGCUGCGUAGAAAAUAAUGGACUGCAAAGAGACCAGGUAGUGGAGUGGCUAUGCGGGUGGAGGUGCGACGGUGACGAGCAGUGGCCAGCGGCCGCAUGGCGCCAAUGGGCGUGCGGCGCGAAGUGCUGGCGGUGGGCGCGCUGUGCGGCGCGUGGUACGCUCUGAGCUCGGCCAGCAACGUCGUGGGCAAGUUGGCGCUGACGGAGUUCCCGUUCCCCAUGACCGUGGCCAUGGUGCAGCUGCUGAGCACGGCGGCGCUGAGCGCGCCCGCGCUGGCCGCUUGCGGCGUGCGCGCGCCGCCGCCGUCGCUGCGCGAGACUCGCGCGCUGCUGCCACUGGCCUUCGCCAAGUUCCUCACCACUCUCUGUUCUCAAGUUUCCAUAUGGAAAGUUCCUGUCUCCUAUGCUCACACCGUGAAAGCUACAACACCACUAUGGACGGCGGGGCUGGCGUGGGCACUGUGGCGCGAGAGCGUAUCGCGCGGCGUGGGCCUAGCGCUGCUGCUGAUCGCCGCCGGCGUGGCCGUGGCCUCGGCCACCGAAUUGCACUUCGACGCGCUGGGGCUAGGCGCGGCGCUGUCCGCCGCGGCGCUGCUCUCGCUGCAGCAUCUGUACUCCAAGCGCGCCAUGCGCGACACCGGCGUGCACCACUUGCGGCUGCUACAGAGGCUGUCGCAGCUGGCGCUGCUGAUGUUCCUGCCGCUGUGGCUGUGGCACGACGGCGCCGCGCUGCUGGCGCUGGUCGCCCGCGGGGCCGGCGGCGCCGGCGCGCGCGUGGCGGCGCUGGUGGGCGCGGACGGCGCGCUGGCGUGGCUGCAGGCCGUGGCGGCCUUCAGCGUGCUGUCGCGCGUGUCGCCGCUGACGUACGCCGUGGCGUCGGCCGCCAAGCGCGCCGUGGUGGUGGCGGCGUCGCUGCUGCUGCUGCGCAACCCCGCGCCGCCGCUCAACGUGGCGGGCAUGGCGCUGGCGGCGCUGGGCGUGCUCGUCUACAACCGCGCCAAGUACCUGGACCGCGCGGCGCCGGACGCCGCCAAGCGGCCGCUGCUGCCCGUCUAGGCCGUUAACUCGUCCCUCGGUCGACAGUAUUUUUGUGUAUUGAUAGUUCUAAUUGAUGCAACUAAAUUAUUUUGUUUUUACUUUAAUAAACGAUUGUUUUUUAUUACCGUUCCAUUAUUUGGUUCAAGUUUUCAUCCUGGAUCGAUCGGUACACCUUACAUGAUGUACUAAUACUAAUUAUAGAAUAUAUUAGAUAGCAGGAUGAGCCUUGUAGUAAUACGAGUCAUGCAACCCCCGUUCCCG